AUGGGAUCCUUCCGACUCGCCGCGCUCGCGGCGCUCCUCCUGGCCUUCGCCCUGCUCCCGGACCCCGCGGCGGCUAGGGUUUUGCAGGGCAAGAAGCCCGGCUCCGGCGAGGAAGCGCCUGUACCUAACGUGGCUACAGGUGGAUCUGAGAAGGGCGCCGCCUCGAAAGAACCGGGGCAACCAUCGACUCCGGCGGGGAAUCCUGAGACUGGUAAACAGCACCAGAAAACACCGCCGGCGGAAACAACGCCAACACCGCCACCGCCAGAAACAACGCAAACACCACCACCGCCGGAAAAGACUCAAACACCAAAGGAUUCUCCACCGCCACCAUCAGGUGUGCCAGAGAGUAAGGGGCAGAAAGGGAGUGACGCGGAGGUCUCUGCACAGCCGGUGCCAGCGAAGAAUGGGCGCAACGAGAGCCCCCCUCCCGGAAGCCCUGAAUCAACUGGAGGAGGCUCAGGAAACAAGAAGCCCGCAACUGAAUCAAAAGAGGUGGCUGAGGAGUGUAAGGAUCCAGUAGACACAUGUUCAAUUGAAGGAUUGUCUGCUUGCCUUCAGGUGUCUAAGACAGCUUCAAGUGGACAAUUUUUUAUAGUCCAGAAUACAGGGCAGAAUACCGUAACUGUUGAUGUCAAAACAACAUCAGAUAUAAGUAUAGCCCAUACGUUGCCACCUCUCAGCAAGGGUGAAUCUAAAAGGGUUAACAUAAGCUCUAGCAGUCCAAAUGGUGGAGAGGUUACCCUAAAUGUUGGGACUGGGCAUUGUGUCUUGCGCAUCAGGCAGCCAGUUUAUGAUUGGCAACAACAAUUUCAGCAGCUUACAUCUUAUGCAACGACUGUGAAGCCAAUCUAUGGAGCCUAUUUUGGUGUUUUCACGCUUGUCUUGGUUGGGGCCGUCUUUGCUUGUUGCAAGUUUGCAGGGACAAAGCGCGAUGGUGGGGUCCCAUAUCAGCAGCUUGAGAUGGGGUCUCAGGCUCAAGCUCCUGACUCAUCAGGUGCAAACAACACUACAAGCACAGGAGAUGGCUGGGAAGAUGGAUGGGAUGAUGACUGGGAUGACGAGGAAGCACCUGCAAAACCUUCAGAAAGAGGACCUGCUGGAAGCAUCUCGGCAAAUGGCCUUUCUCUGAGAUCUCCAACCAAUAGAUCUCCAACCGAUAGCAAGGACGGAUGGGAUGUAGAUUGGGAUGACUAA